AUGAAACAGCUUUCGUUGUCUAAUUUAAAGACCAACAAAGCAUUAUCGGAACAAUUAAAGUCAAAAAUUAAACAAACAAUUACUAAUCCUGUUGUUGAUGGAAACAAAUGUAAUAUUGAUUUUAAGGAAGAAUUAAAAAAGUUUCAUAAAGAUGCUGUUGAAUUAAUUGAACCUAACAAAGAUCUAAAUGUUCAAUCCGAUGAUAAAUGUUUAAUUUGUAAAAGUGAUUGUGAUAUAAAGAAUCAUUUUAAGUCUCAUAUUAAUUCACAUUCUCUCUUUCAAGAUUUAGUUAACAAUAGUGAAAUUUUAGAAUUGUCUGAUAAAUCAUUAGAAGCAAAUAAUUUAUAUUUUAAAUUCAAGAUAAAUGAAGAAGAAUUGAAAAUGUUAACUGAAAUUACUAAUAACACACUACAACAAAAUAUUAUUGAUUUAGAUAUUUCUAAUUAUAGUUCAAUUAUUAAUCAUAACAAAUUUAUUACAAAUAUUAAAGAUAUUAAAGAAAUAUUAAAUAAUACUAAUAAUAACUUUCAACAAAGAGAAAAUGGAUUUUAUUUUCAUAAGUAUUUUAAAGAAGAUCAAGUUAAAAUAUUAUCACCUAAAAAUGCAUUGGAAAAUUUAUUUAAUGAUCUUUGGAUAUCAUUAUCCAGUUUUACUGGAACCAUUUUACAUAUUGAUACUAAUGAUUAUAUUAGAAAAAUCAAGAAUAUUCAUUAUAAUUUAUGUGGAUUGAAAUUAUAUUACUUUUUUGUUCCACCUUGUAUUAUGAAUAAUAAUUUGGAAAUUGAAAAUGAAGAAAUGGCAAGUCUAUAUUUAGAUUUUGAUAUAAAUAGACAUCUUCAUAAUUUAAUUAUUUACUUUUUAACAAGAAAAAGAAGUAUUGAUUUGUUAUUUUUAGAAUCUAUUGGAAUUCAUAUAUGUGUUUGUAAAAGGGGUGAAGGUAUUGUAUUUCCAGAAACCUUACCUCAUGGUACAAUUAAUUUAUCACCUGUUACUAUCUCUAUUGGUCAUGCUUGGAUGAGUUAUAAUAAUUUGGAUAGUUUUUCAGGUAAAAAUGAUUAUACUUUUGACACUUAUAGUACUAAGAGUAUAUAUUUGGAAUUAUUUAAUAAUAUUUUAUGUAAUUUACAAAAAGAAGAGAUGAAUAAUGUAAAUAUUUAUUCAUUUGAGUGGAAAAUGUUGUUAAUUGGAAAAUGUUUAUUUUAUUUACAACAAGACUAUAUCGAAGAUCAAUUAAAAUAUACAUUAAUUGAUAUUAUUAAAAUUAUUAAUAAGGGUAAUUUAGUGUUUGAUUUAAUUGAUGGUUUAAUUAAUCAAGUUGGUUCAAAAAGAAAUAAAUUAAUUUAA